CAGGGGUUCGUAUCUACGCCUAGUGGGGUACUACUUGGCAGCCCGUUUGUACGAGGCGGGCGCGUUUAAGUCGGGCAGUCGGAAAUAUUUGGCGUAGCUCAGUCAAGAUGAUUCGCCAUAGACGCCUGGCCUUGCAUAAUCUGUGGAUUCUCCUGUGGCGCCUAACGUACCCGAGCCUACUGUCUAUGAAAAUGUUCCGGAUGAUGGCAUUCGUGAGAUAUCGUGAACUUGAAGCUCGAGUUGCCGGCAGAGUAUUCAUCCUUGUCUGGCGGGCAAGACCCGGGAUGUGGCUUACGUGCUUGUCCCGUACGGUCACUGGAUAUCGGCUCAAACUAUGGGACUGGUUGUCUUGUCUAUAAGAUGACUUGAACGACCAGGCGGCAUUCUUCGGUUACGUCUCCUCGAGAAAUCCAUCCUCGGUGAGCUUUCCUUUGUCUCGGUGGCCGGUGACUUACACCGAGAUAUCAACCCCACCGGCAAUUGUGC